ACAAUUCAUUUCUUAUUACGGUAUAAAAAAUAAAGUGAAGGUGUAUUUUUAAAAGGUAAGGCAUAACGCAAAUGGAAAUUACGAUAUUUGGCUUUCUACCCGGAAGGUGUCUUUCACGACGAUGGCGUAACUGUUAGAGCAACAAUGGAACGGAACCGUCCGUUAUAAAGAAACUAGACACUUUCGCUUUUCAAGGUGACCCUUCUUCUACCCGGUGGCGGUACUAGUUUUCAUAAACCGGGCGUUGUCGUUGUUGAUGUGCCACGUGCUACUUUCACAAAAUCUUAUCAUUCUGAUCACUUUGGGAUCAAUCAUGACCAGUUCGACUGAAUUAAAAUCUGGUUUAUUUAAAUAUCAUUAUUGAUUGUCUACUUUACACUACUGCAUUCAUUUAAGAGAUGAUUCUCAAUGUUCAACUGACAGCUGGCAAGUGGUGGAUCGUAGCAGACCCGUUUCUCACACUCCUCCAAUUUCUCCCCCGCCUCUUAGUCCGGAAAGGGUAUCAACUACAAACUACGAUCCAAAACUGAUUGAAAGAAUGCGACUUACCAUCACAUCUCUUCCUGUUCGUCUUUCUUCUCUUCCAGUACCUGUGAUAAAAAGUGUUCCAUUACAACCACCAUCUCCCGACAGCGAUAAUACCCAAAAUUCUGAAGAAUUUUCAAAAGGAUUACAUCCAGCUUUAUCAUCUCGAAUAUCAGAACUUCAACAAAGGCUAGGGCUUCCUUCAAAUGUGUCUUUGGAAUUCGUCAAUGGAGGACACGGAAUUAAAAAUCCUAUGUUAAGAUCUGAUGAUAUGCGAGACGAAACUAUAGACGAUCCUAAACAAAUAAAUAAAGUAUCUGAAGACAACAGGUUCAAUUGCCAGAUAUGUGGCAAAACCUUUGGCCUGCAACGUCUGUUAAAUCGUCAUCGUAAAUGUCACAGUAACAUGAAGCGUUAUCUUUGCACGUUUUGUGGAAAAGGUUUCAACGAUACUUUCGAUCUCAAAAGACACACCCGAACCCACACAGGUGUUCGGCCCUACAAAUGUAGUCAGUGUGAGAAAUCAUUCACACAACGCUGUUCUCUCGAAUCUCAUAAAUUAAAAGUUCACGGAAUUCAACAUAACUAUGCCUACAAAGAAAGGAGAGCUAAAGUUUAUGUUUGUGAAGAAUGUGGUCACACCACAAGCGAACCCGAAGUGCAUUAUAUUCAUUUGAAGGAAAAUCAUCCUUACAGUCCGGCGCUUCUCAAAUUCUACGAUAAACGUCACUUCAAAUUUACAGAUUCGUCUGCACCCAUCAUGUGUUUAAGAUUAGCAACUUCUCAAGCGUGCAAAGAAACCUGAAUCUCUGCUCAAUUUCAUACGUGUCUUUCCAUUCCUUGCUGCAGUGUGUUUCAAAAGUAGUUUUACUUGUUAGGGGGAGAGAAAUAUCUAGUUUAUAUUUUAGGUAAUAGAUGGCAGUACAGAUCGUCGUAAUAUUUUUAAUAUUUUUCGGAUAAAUAUUAAUGGAUCGUCAAUAUUUUUGUAAUAAUAUUUUUAAUUUAAAGCGCUUUUAUUUGUCUCUUAUUUUUAAAAAAAAAAUAAAAUAACCGAUACUGCAGAUUAACUAAGCAGAUAAUAAUAAUAAUAAUAAUAAUAGAGGAGGUCUCUAUUUUGUAAAUAAUUGAACGUCGUAAGAUUCCUUCAUCCUUUCAAAGAAUGAGGUACACAAUCUCUUAGAGUAUGGAAAUGGUAAUUUGGGUCCUUUUACGCUUUUGAAACACUCUGUAUUAUAAUGUACAUACAGUAUUUUAUGUAUCUCCUAAUGAGUUUUGAGUACAAAACUACUAUUUUUUGAUCUUGCUGAGAAUUUAUUUGUUGUUGUUUUUUCAUAAAACAUUCCAUAAAAUAUUUUUUAUAUUAAAAAAAAAAACUCUCUCAAAGUGGCUUCCCUAAAAAGUACAAUUUAUUAUUAUUUUUUUAAUAUAAUUGGAUCGCUGUUCUCUUUCUAUUAAAAAUUGUACAAAACUUCCUGAAAGGAGAAAAGCAUCCUUAUAUUUUUUAACAAAGUCGUUCCUAUUUAAUUCUAAUAUUGAAAUGUUGCACCAUUUACAAAAGGGAUAAGCAAAAAGUGCCUUUGUCUUAACACUAAUAGAAUUACUGGACAACUGUAAAUAAACUUUUUUUUUUU